GAGACGUUUGCGCGGAACUGUUAAAAAUGAACCUUCUCCAAUCUACAGCGGUUGUAACCAUUCUACUAACUGUGGUGGAAGGGCAGAUUUGUAAAUGGGGUGCACCAUUCGGCUGUCCUGAUAAAGAUGAGGUCAGCCAUCGCUCCCUUAACGAAAUGGAAUUGAAUCCAGAACUCUCUGACACAUUUCACAGCCCACGUGAUCCAGAAAAUUCUGACGUGGAUAUUACUGAGUAUGCCCAGCGCGAUCCAAUGGAUGUCGAAAUAAAACGUUCAAGGAGAGAAUCCCCUUACCGAUUCGAAGACAUCAAGAAUUAUCUAAACAACUUGUACCAAUGAAACAUAUGUAGAAGCAAAACAUGAAUGAUUUUCGGAUGAAUUUUAAAGCUAGAUCAUUAUUCAAAGCCGCAUGCAAGUCUAAACGCGUUAAAGACAAGAGAGGAAUGUAAAUGAUAGCUGCAAGUAAAAGUGUAAAGAGGAUUUAAGUCAAAAAUUAGUUCAAUUAUAUGGUCAAAAAUUGAUAAGUUUUACCUAGAUAAUUUCCAAGUUUUACAUGCUGAACAAAGCACAAAAAUAGCUUAUUAACUGCAAGAAUAAACGCCCAAUGAAUUAGCAUUUGUACGUUUGAAAAAGAAACUACAAACUUUGUUUGCCUCAAGGUAAUAAUUGAUAAAAGGGACAAUCAUUCUGUCACAGA